AUGGCGACCGCAGUACUCAGUUAUCUUGGUGGUCUGGCGGGCUACGGCUCCAAGCCCGCUCAGGAAAAGACCCCCAUCCGGGCCCUUCCCUCUGGCUGGUACACCUCCCACGAGAUGUUCGAGCUCGAGAAGCGCGCCAUCUUCUCCCGCAGGUGGCAGCUCAUCACCCACAAGAUCAGAAUCCCCAACUCUGGCGACUGGCUCAACUUUGAAGUGGCUGGCUUCAAUUUCAUCAUCGCCCGUGACCGCAAGGGCACCAUCAAUGCCUUCCACAACAUCUGCAGGCACCGUGCCUAUCCCAUUGUUGAAGCGGAGAAGGGCACCUCCAUGAUAUUCUCCUGCAAAUACCACGGCUGGUCCUACGGGCUAAGCGGGAACCUGGCCAAGGCCCCUGGCUACCAGGAGCUUGAGGGUUUCGACAAGUCCAAGAACGGGCUGUUCCGCAUUCACACCCACAUUGACAACAAUGGCUUCAUCUGGGUCAACUUUGACGCCAAAGACACACCCGAGGUCGCGUGGGAAGAUGACUUUGCUGGCGCCGACACCCAGGAGAAGUACAAAGACUUCAACUUUGAUGACUAUGUCUUUGAUCACGCCUGGCAGAUGGAUGGUGACUACAACUGGAAGAUCCUCGCCGACAACUACAACGAGUGUUAUCACUGCAAGACAACCCACCCUGACAUUCCUGCGGUGGCUGACCUCGAGGCCUACAACGUGGAGACAAGGCGAGGCUACAUAAUCCACAACGUUGCCACGAAACCCGAGCAGAGGGAGCAGGGCCUGAUCGUCGCACCAACAUAUCACUUCCCUAACGUCUCGCACAAUGUCACCCCCCACUUCUUCUUCAUCCAGCGCUUCAUCCCACACUCCGCCAACAGGUCUACCAUGUCCUACCAGGUGUUCCGCAGCAAGAACGCCACCGACGAGAACUUUGAGCUCGUCAACCAGAUGUACAAGCGCAUCAUGUCCGAGGACAAGGCGCUUUGCAAUGCGGCACAGCGCAACGUGAACGCCGGGGUCUUCGUCAACGGCGAGAUGCACCCCCGCAUGGAGAAGGGCCCCCUUUUCUUCCAGAACCUGUGCCGCGAGGCGGUCACUGAGCACUGGGAGAGGGAGAAGGCGGCCAAGAAGGAGAUCUGGCCGGCGAGGCAGACCUUUGGUAACUAUAACGCGGCCGUCUCCGAGAAGGACAUCUCGUUUUGCUCGGGUCUGAGCUGCUCGAGCCUUGACGAGAAGGGCCCGCUUGCCUGGUAA